AAAGAUAUCGAAGGAAAAGUACUGGGAGGAGAUGGUGAGAAUAUCUAUGGAGGCAAUAAGCGAACUCUGAGGCGAAGGGUUGAGAUUGUAAAACAGUGGCAGUCUAAACAUUUUCGUGAGGUGGGUAAGAAGGUCAUGGAUGAAUCUAUGAGGCUAGAUAAUGAUAAUACUUGCACCUUGCAUCAGAUUGUGGAAGAUAUGCUCAAAGAGACCAUAAAUGAUAUUUCACAAAUAGAUCUUAAUGGAGUA